CCGAUGGAGGACGCUCGUUUGGUGGUAUAAUUACAAAAUAGAACUGACAAAUUUAUUUAAUUUUAUUUAUUUGUGCCCGCGCUCGUGGAGUGAUGUGACGUGUGUAGUGGCGGAGUGUUGUUAUUUGUUUCAAACAAUGAAGUGAUUGUGAUUGUUCGCAGUUUUUUGUUUAAUUUUGUUUUAGUUCUUUGUUUUUCAACGACUGGAGCUACCAGGGAAUCAUAAUGUUCGAGUGCUUUCAAGAGAUCGCCUUCGAGGCCGAGGUGAACACGGAAGAAAACCCCGAAUUGCUUGAGAUGGCACGGGAGCUCUGCAACGAGAACCCAGCUACCAGGGCGACAGCGAUUACGGAGCUACGACAGAUGAUAUUCAGUCGCGGAGAGUGUCGCCCUCUGAGGACCGACGAUGAGUACCUGCUGCGGUACCUCCGAGCGAGGAACUUUGUUGUACCCAGAGCGCAUAAACUGCUAGUCCGUUAUUGCACUUUCCGCGAACAACAGAGGUCCUUGUAUGAAGGCGUAGACCUAUGGGGCUUGGUGAAAGUGCAAGACGCAUACGAAGGCUCCAUGUUUGACAGGCCUGAUGUUGGAAGACUGUCUAUAUUUCGAUUUGGUAUGUGGGACCCAAACGAGUUCCCGGUGGAGGACUUGGUUCGGGCUGGGAUGGCGAUGGUUGAGAUUGGGAUACGACAGCCCAAGCUUCAGGUCCUCGGGGGGACGGUUAUUGUCGAUCUAGAAGGCAUUACAUUGCGACACGUGGCGACCUUGACGCCUACCGUUGCUUAUCAGAUUGUCUCUUUAAUGGGGCUCGCGAACCCGACUCGAGUGAAAGGAGCACACUUGAUCAAUUACUCAUGGAUAUUGAACACGUUUUUUUACUUAUUCAAGAAAUUCAUACCGCGUCGCGCCUGGGACACAAUAUACUUCCACGGAAACGACCUGAAGUCUUUACAGCAACAUAUACCUGUGGAGUGUCUGCCGGCGAGGUAUGGAGGCUCGUGCAGGAGCCACUGUUCGUUUGCUGUCUGGCUGAACAAAAUCAAGAAAUACCGCGACGAUAAAUUCGACAGAGAGAUGAAGGAAUUAGGCUAUGUCAUUAAAGAAUAACUAUAGGUGGCUAUUAAAUAUUUACUUGUCUCCUAAUAUGAGCUCCUGGUACCUCAAUCGUAAAUAAGAUUAAAUUUUUAAUUAAAAUUCAAUUUAAUUGUAAUAAAUAUUAAAUAAUAAAUAGAAUUGGCGUAGUAAUAUUUUCUAUAUAUUAAUCAAAAGUUAAUCAAAAGAAAAACAAUGAUGCUCUCUAUUCACAAAUGACACACAAUUUGAGCAUACGUACAUCUAUCUAUAUAUUAAUACGUGAAGCAAAAACUUUGUAUCCCUUUUUACGAAAAUUGCGCCGACGGAGGAGUAUGAAAUUUUCCACA